UCCAGAUAUUGGUGAUGAAUUGAUUUGGAUUGGAUUUGCUCGACCAUCAUUGGGUGCUGUACCACCAGUAAUAGAACUUCAAGCACGUUGGUUUGCAUUAUUAUGUUCAAACAAAUGUAAAUUACCAACAAAAACAGUUAUGUUACAAGAAAUACAAAAAUAUGUUAAAUACUUAAAAUGGCAAUUCACACCUGCUCGUAUUAAUCGUAUUACGACUUUAACGGAUUAUUUAAUAUAUACAGACGAUUUAUCAAGAAUAAUCGGCUGUAGACCAAAUUUUGUUAAAAUUUUCUUUACUGACCCAAAAUUAUGGUUAAAAUUAAUGUGCGGAGCAUUAAUGAAUGCACAUUAUCGUUUAACCGGACCACACUCUAAACCAAAAGAAGCAAGACGUAUUAUUUUAGAAGCGAAAUGGGUUAAACAACCAAAUUUUUUAUAUUUAUUUAUGUUAAUUUGCUAUGCAUUUUGGUGGUUAAUAUUUGGAAUUGAAUCAUGUAAACCUGCUUCGUGGUACCAAUUAUAG